GUCCGCCGGACAGCAUCCAGCCUCCGGCCGCCCCAACCCGGGCAGACCCUGCAGACCCCUCCUGGCCUCCGCCCGCCGCCCCCAUGAAGAAAACCAACAUGUGGUUCCUGGAGCGGCUCCGGGGGUCCGGGGAGAACGGCCCCGCGGGCGCCGAGGGGGGCGACAAGGCCUCCAGGGGGCCCCUGUACAGCAACGUGCUCACGCCGGACAAGAUCCCGGACUUCUUCAUCCCCCCCAAGCUGCCCGCCGGCCCCGCGGAGCCCGAGGCGCAGGCCGAGCCGGGCGCCGCGCCGUCGGAGCAGACCCCGGCCCCGGCCGCGCCCCGCCGCGCCCCCCGGAGCCCCCGGCUGCCCGCCAAGCUGGCAGCCGAGAGCAAGAGCCUGCUGAAGGCGGCCACGCGGCACGUGAUCCAGGUCGAGAGCGCCGAGGACUGGCCGGCGGAGGAGGCCGCCGACGCCGCCCCCCAGGCGCAGGGCGCCAUGGCGCUGCCCUCGGUGCCCAAGGCGCAGACGGCCUACGGCUUCGCCACGCUGGCCGAGAGCCCGCACACGCGGCGCAAGGAGUCCCUGUUCCACAGCGAGCACGGGGCCCUGGCCCAGGUGGGCUCCCCGCGCGCCGGGCGCCGGCCGGGGGGCGACGGGGCCCUCGGGAGCCCCAGCCGCUGCGUCAGCGGCGGGGAGAGCGACACGGGGUCCUCGGCCGAGUCCUCCCCCUUCGGGUCGCCCCUGCUCUCGCGCUCCGUGUCGCUGCUCAAAGGCUUCGCCCAGGACAGCCAGGCCAAGGUGAGCCAGCUCAAGCACUCGGUGGGCCGGCACGGCUCCCUCUCCGCCGACGACAGCACGCCGGACACCAGCCCCGGCGCGCGGCGCCGCCUGACCCGCAGGGCCGCCCCCGAGCCCGGCGCCGAGCCCGGCGCGCCCCGCGCGGAGCACGCGGUGAGGAUGGGCCUGCGGGGCAGCGUGCGGCUGCUGGCCGAGUACGAGGCGGCCCAGGCCCGCCUGCGGGUGCGCCUGCUGGCCGCCGAGGGCCUCUACGACCGGCUCUGCGACGCGCGCAGCAUCAACUGCUGCGUGGGCCUCUGCCUCGUGCCCGGGAAGCUGCAGAAGCAACGCAGCACCGUCAUCAAGAACAGCCGCCACCCGGUGUUCAACGAAGACUUCUUCUUCGACGGCCUGGGCCCCGCCAGCGUGCGCAAGCUGGCUCUCAGGAUCAAGGUGGUCAACAAAGGCGGCAGCCUCAAGCGAGACACCCUGCUGGGGGAGAAGGAGCUGCCCCUGACCGCGCUGCUCCCCUUCUUGUGAAAGCCCCCUGCCCCCUCCUCCCCGCCUCCGUCCCCACCGAGGCCUGACCGGGAGCCGGGUGUAGACUCGGCGGCGGUCCUGAUGCUGCAGCCAUGCUGGGCUGUCCUCGGUUGCCCACGGUGACCGGGAUGCUGCCUUUCAUGGAUUCACUUUUUCCGGAGGAGGAAGAGAGGGGCUACUUUGCAGGGCCGAGUGUCCCCCUGCGCCCGAGUCCUUCGCCCCGGACCCCGGUUCACCCUCUCAGAGCCCUGGGACCUGAGCCAGGAGGCGGCCGUGCCACAGGCCUGGAGGUGGCCAGCCUGAGCUGAGCCGAAUCUUCUCUGCUGCACGAGCGUCCUCCUCCCCCAGGCGGCCAGGCACCCCUCAGAGGGCAGGGCCAGGCCAGUGUCACCCCACGGGGCUGCGGGAGGCACCCCCUCCCGGGUUAGGCUGGCUCGAGGCAGCCCUCAGUCCUCCAGGCUCGGGAGGCGAGAGCCGGUCAGAGGGCGGCGGGCUCCGCGUCUGAGAGCCGCUGCUGGUGAAAGUCUCGUGGAGAAGGCGGCUCGCGAUGGGGGAAGUCCCCUAGCUCCUCUCCCGUCCCCCGAGCCACACAGCCCUGCUGUCAGCGCUUUCCUCCUGCCCCUUCUUUGCUUGAUUUUUGGGCAUGGACUUGCCUGGCCAGUCCACUGGCGCCUGCUGGGGCCCCUGCGGCCCUGCUGGGGGGUCCGGAGCCUCCCUCCCCUGGAGGGCGUUGCUCAGAAGGUGCCUAGAGAGCAGCCCCAGCCCGUGGCCCCCGCUCCUCCCCAUCCCUCCAUGCUGGGGGCCGCCGCCCCGCCACCCCCUGCGCAGCAUCCAUGGCAGCUGGAUGCCAGGGAGGGGUGCCUGGUGACUGGCGGCCGUGGCUUUUACCCCACGUGUGUAAAUAAGUCUUGGUGGGGUGGGUGGGACACAGGAGUGGGAUGGGGGACCCUGGCUGUGGCUUUUCAUGCUGCUAACUGUUGUGUCAUAUGUGGUCCGUGAAUGUCUUUUUGGCGGUUUCCCAGCUCGACGAGACAGAAACGAUACAGUUGGAAGUAGGGGCCGGGCCAGCUCUGCUCCUCCGCCUCUCCUGGCCUGCGCGUUGGGCACCGAUGGACCAGGGCAGCCCGUGGGGGACCUGGGGUGCCCGUCCCUGCUCCAACAUUGUCCCCCCUCACUCCGGGUCCCCCCCCACGGGAGGGGUGAAGGCACAGAGCCUCCAGAGCGGGGGGAGCACCUUCCCCUCUGCACGUCCCGGAGAAGCACCAGAUGUGCACCUGAGGCUGGGAAGGAGGCCUGUGGAGCGGGGUCCCUCCCCAUGACUCCCCGGUCUCCGUCCUGGGCCUGCUCCUCCGUGCUCCCUGCCCCCCUCCCCUCUGGACCUGGGCAUCACCAGGGCCAGGCCCUUGGGCCGGAGGCGGCAGAGGCCCCUGCAUGGAGUUAGAUGCUUGGAGCUCGCCCCCUCCCUUCUCUCUGACCCUGACCGCUCCCGUCCCCGCUCUCCCUCGGGGGGGGGGCCCUCAUUUUAUAGCCCCCGCAGUGUUUGAUAUCUUUGUGUUCUGAGUUGACUGGGUAAACCUUUAAGAUGCCCUCCCCCAACGUGUUUGUUUAUAAAUGCUGUUUUUAGUGCAAUAAAGGUGUUUCGAGAA